CGUAGGAAAGCUAGUUUGAUUAUCAAACCCUCUUUCUCUCUCUCUCUCUGAUCUCUCUCUUUCUCUCUCCAUGGGAAUAAGGGGAAGCAGGUCCUUCACUUGGUCUGCUUGGCUAUUGAUUAUAGCUUUUCUUGUCGUUGGCUUAUCCUGUGAAACUUGUAGAGCAAAGGAUGAUAGUACAAACUGUACCUUCUCCUGCGGAAAUAUUCACAACAUAAGCUACCCUUUUCGACUAAAAGAUGGUCCAAAGCACUGCGGCCACGUUCUGUAUACGCUGUCUUGUGAGAACAACAUUACUGUAGUAGACCUACCUUCCUCCGGAAAAUACCAUGUCCAGGCAAUCAACUAUGAUAACCAAACAAUCCGCAUCAUAGAUCCUGGUCUUCAGAACAACAAUUGCUCCUCCAUGUCUCGAAAUUUUCCGCUUUUGCCUUUUACGUCUACUCCAUAUAAUUUUCAUGGUAAUUACACAGCGGAUUCACAGCUUUCAACAGUUAUAUUUUACUUGAAGUGUUCGAAUCCAAUGAAUUCUUCUGUGUAUGUGGACACUGCUCCAUGCUUCGAUGCAAGUGCUUCUUCUUCGAGCCAACCAAAAACGUAUAGCUACGUCAAGGUCGGUUGGAUGGAAGUAGGGGAUUUGGAUGAGGGUUGCAGUGCAGAGUGGAUGACUUUCGCGCUCUCGAGCUACGUCAAGGACUACAACACCUCUUAUGAAAACAUACACAAGGCGCUCAUGUAUGGAUUUGAGCUUCGAGUAUAUAGUGUUGAUGAAAUGGGUCCAAUGUGUCAAUGGUGGAUUAAUCUUAAAUGUUUCCCACACAGCAUCCCAGGUUUCUUUCGAUUUCUGGGGGAGGCGACUUACGUUUUCUUUGCUCGUGGAAGCUUCUACAUUGAUAAGUUUCUUUGGUUUCGGGCGAUAUCCUUCAAAAAUGGAUGGUUGCCAUUGAUUUGCCUCGGUUUAUUUUUAGCAGUAAGACUACUUUUAGGGGUUCCAUUUGUGAUUGCAUUUCUGAUCUAUAGAUGGCGAAGAAGACAUUUGUCAGGGUUUAGCAUCAUCGAAGAUUUUCUGCAAACCGAAAACAACUUCAUGCCAAUAAGGUACUCUUACUCGGACGUUAAGAGAAUGACUAAUAAAUUUAAGGACAAGUUGGGCCAAGGCGGUUACGGUUCUGUAUUUAAAGGAAAGUUACGCAGCAGUCGUUUUGUGGCGAUUAAACUUUUGGGCAAGCCUAAAAACAAUGGGCAGGACUUCACUAGUGAGGUAGCUACUAUUGGAAGGAUUCACCAUGUUAAUGUGGUGCAACUUGUUGGUUAUUGUGUUGAAGGAUCAAAGCGAGCUCUAGUGUAUGAUUUCAUGCCUAAUAGCUCUCUUGAUAAAUACAUUUAUUCCAAAGAAGGAAGUAUCCCCUUAAGUUGCAAGAAGAUGUAUGAGAUUGCUUUUGGAGUUGCUCGAGGGAUCGAAUAUCUACAUCAAGGUUGUGACAUGCAAAUUCUACAUUUUGAUAUCAAGCCUCAUAACAUUCUUCUUGACGAGAACUUUAACCCGAAGAUCUCCGAUUUUGGGCUUGCAAAAUUAUAUCCCGUAGACAAUAGCAUUGUUACUUUGACGGCAGCAAGAGGGACGAUGGGAUAUAUUGCUCCAGAGUUGUUCUACAAAAAUAUUGGAGGGGUCUCAUACAAAGCUGAUGUCUAUAGUUUUGGAAUGUUGUUGAUGGAAAUGGCAAGUAGAAGGAAAAAUUUUAGUAGAAUCGCAGAGCAUUCGAGCCAAGAUUACUUCCCGUUAUGGGCUUACGAUCAAUAUAGUGAGGGAAAUGAUCUCUUGGAGAUGGGCAAUGUUACAGAGGAGGAAAAGAUAAUGAUAAAAAAGAUGGUUAUGACUGCUUUUUGGUGUAUUCAAAUGAAGCCAAGUGAUCGCCCUUCGAUGGACAAAGUCAUACAAAUGCUUGGAGGAGAUGUUGAAAACCUAAAAUUGCCCCCCAAACCUUUUCUUAACCAACAAGAAAUGCCUGGAGUCGAUAUUCAAGGUAGUUUGAACCCAAAAUCUUCUAACGGCGAGAUAACGUGGAGUUUGUCAGCUAGGUGAAACGGUGUUGAUGCACAAAACCGGAGGGGUCUUGGAACAGCGUAAAUCCGACUGUGAAUCUGCAAGAAAGUAAAUAACACAAGAUGUAUCGUGGUUCACCUCAAUGUUUGGGCUACGUCCACACUGAU